AUGCACUUGGCUGUGCAGUUGCACGAUUGGACUACAGGCCACUCAAAAGAGCAUAUGUGGAAACGAUACAACGUACGUAAGGUAAGUGGAAAUAGCUUUCAGAAGGCUGGCUUGACUAACAGGCUACAGCGCGUUUUGGGAGUUGAGAGGGACUAUCUUCUGAGCAGAUUUCAUGCCAGGAUAAGACACUCGGUCUUGUUUUGUCGGCCACAUAUGCUCAAAACUAAAGUGCCUGUUACGGAAAGAUGUGGAAUACUGAUGUUCGUAGUAACAUGCUGUUGUGCGACAACAUUGAUUCUAUUGAGUCAUCGUCCUGACCCAUGCCGGGAUGUCUACAUUGCUAGUUUACUGUCUGGGUUGAAUGGCACGUGUGGUCCCAAUAAGACAAAUGGUUAUCCUAAGGGGAGAGACAAAAUCGAAGCCAAUAUGGAACAAACGUUAAUACAUAAGAAAUAUGUUUGGAACAAAAAGAGUGCGCGCUAA